AUGUUGCGUGCACCCGAGUCCGAUAGCCAACAAACCAGUGCAAGAGAAGAAGAUUAUUUCAAAAAUAAUGUUACGCGGAGUAAGUCAACACCGAGAUCACGUUACAAAGGAAAUUCGAUAAGAACGUCACCUCGUGUGGUCAAGACGGUGAAGACGGUGAUUCGGACGAAGACCGUCGUGAAGAAAAAGUCAAAGCCGGAAUUUACUUCCGCUGCUACCGCUUCAAACGCAUCCGUUCCAGCGAAAUCCCAACUGAUAUGCCAAAAAUGCAAUUGUGCGAUAAAAGAUGCGAAAACCGAGUCGAAGAAAGACUCUCGGUCGCCUCUUUCGUCGAGUAGUACGGAAAACGGGAUGAACAGAAAAGUCAACGAUUUGGUCAACUAUGGUAAAACGAUUUCGGUUCUACACAGUAAGAACUCGAAAUACGGAGAUAAAGGCGAAUUCACUCAAAGUUCAAAUAGCAGCAUAUGUGAAUACAGUACGAGUACUAGCAUUAGCAUUAGCGAAGAACGAAAUCUCAGUGGAUGCAUUGUUAUUAAUCGACCGCAUAUGUCGAAAGAUAUGAGGUGGCAGGCGAUUAAUCAUACGAUGAAACAAAACGGGUUUCUCGGAUUGAGACAUUUCAAUCUGUUGAAGAAACUUGGGUCUGGGGAUAUCGGUACGGUUUAUCUUGCGGAAUUAGUUGGCACAAAUUACCCUUUUGCUAUCAAAGUUAUGGAUAACGAGUUCUUGGAACGAAGGCAAAAGAUGCCGAGAGCGCAUAUGGAACGGGAGAUUUUGAGCAUUUUGGAUCACCCGUUUUUACCUACGCUUUAUGCGCAUUUUGUUUCGGAGAAAUUGUCGUGUUUGGUUAUGGAGUAUUGUCCCGGUGGCGAUUUGCAUGUUCUUAGGCAGAAGCAGCCUGCUAGAUAUUUUCACGAACAAGCGGCACGUUAUAUUCUUGAAAUCUUUUAA